GCCUACAGUAACUUGCCCAGAGCUGAUGUGGUGGCCCCCCGUCCACCCCCUGCAAGUGCACUAAACCCAUAAAAGACAGCGCUUCAGCGGGCAGCUCACCUCACUGGUGGGAGGAGGCACUUAGAGAGUCAACCUUGGAGUCUUGGGGGACCUGACGAAGCUCCAGCUGCCUGCCUCGCCAAUGCUCAUAAUCAAUCAACUUAUCAGCCUCGCCGAACAACCACAUUAAGCUCGACACAAACACCAUCACAUCACAUCACAUCACCACUUCGCAACCCAAAUACAAACCCCACAGCUCACCCGCCCCUUCACCUCCCACAGCACCGUCUUGACACGCCUUCACAAUGUUUCGAAACAAUUACGACAACGAUUCCGUCACAUUCUCUCCCCAAGGAAGAAUAUUCCAGGUCGAAUACGCCGCCGAGGCCGUCAAGCAAGGUUCAGUGGUGGUGGGAUUGACAAGCAAGACACAUGCCGUGCUGGUCGCAAUCAAGAGGAACGCCGAAGAACUCUCGUCAUACCAAAAGAAGCUGUUCGCCGUAGAUGAGCAUGUAGGCCUCGCUAUUGCCGGCCUGACCUCAGACGCCCGUGUCCUCUCCAACUUCAUGAAGCAGCAAUGCCUAUCACAACGCCUGACCUACGACCGCGCCAUGCCCGUUGAGACCCUCGUCUCCCUCAUCGGCGACAAGGCUCAGCUCAACACCCAACACUACGGCAAGCGACCAUACGGCGUCGGCCUGUUGGUUGCCGGCAUCGACGAAUCCGGCCCCCACCUCUACGAGUUCCAGCCCUCCGGAAUGACCCAGGAGAUGGUCGCAUGCGCAAUCGGCGCCCGAUCCCAGAUGGCUAGGACGUACCUCGAGAAGAACGCCGACAAGUUCCCCGACUGUGGCAGGGAGGAGCUGAUCAAGCACGGCCUGAGAGCUCUCAAGGAGACACUAGUCCAGGACCGUGAGCUCACGGUCGAGAACACGAGUGUGGGUGUCGUGGGCUUGAAGGAGGCCGGCAAAAGGGCUCUGGAGUUCUUCAAGGUCCACGACGGCAACGAGGUCAAGGAAUGGAUCAACAGCGUUGCCGACGAUGCAGAGGCAGCCGCUGAAACGGCGGAAGGCGAGGGUAUGCAGGUUGAUGAUGAAUAGACAAUGCACCUCUGAGUAGAGCGACAUGACAUUCACGACAAUCCUUCACUCCAGAGCCCCAAAGCCGUGGGGUAUUGGCCCCAAAAUAGAUAUGGCUCCGAGGGACAUUUAAACGGACUUGUCUGUAUUGUACCAGAGUCAUCUAGAGAUGUACUAUAAUGAACAUUGCUACGCAAGCCACGUCAAUUU